ACCAUAUAUAUGACGCAUGUUGUAAAUAAUAAUUCAUUUGGAAUAGAUUAAAGUCAAGUGGAUGAAUCUAAAGGAGAAAAGUCACUGGAAAACUUGACUACAAGAAUACCGAAAUGGAUACCAUGGAUAUUGCAGGAGUUUCUGAAGAAAUGAAAAUAGAAUCAUCAGCAGCCUUUUCUGACUUUUAUGAAACGACAUCAGAUGCAAACUCAACCGACGGAGCGGUACCGGCCGUGUGGUCCUGGGAACCCAUAACUUGGAAGUGGUGGGAAAUCCUUCAGUUGAUCCUUGCCAUCGCCGGCAUCGUCGGUAACUUCUUGGUGAUGUUGGUUCUCUUCCGGGUCAAGCGGAAGCUCUGUUCUACCGAUACCCUGAUCGCUGGCUUGGCCGUGGCUGACUUCUUGACCUCGGUGUUCAUCAUCCCUCACGCUCGCGUGGAGACGGUUCCUCAGAGCAUAGCUGCACAGCUCUACUGUCGAAUCAUCCAAUCCAAUUCCUUGAUGUGGACAUCCAUCUGCGCUUCCAUCUUCACCUUAACAACCAUCUCAAUCGAAAGGCUGAUGGCUGUGAGGUACCCAUUCACAUUUCAACGUUUCUUUACACCUAGAACAACCGCUCUUAUCAUCUGCAGUAUCUGGCUGAUCGCCUUCCUCAUCAACACCGUCAGUUUCUACGUACACUACGUUGUCGAUGGAAAGUGUGCCUUCGGAUUCUCGACCCCAUCUUUCCAAAAGUUCAUAGGAGUCUUCUACUUCAUCGCCGAGUACUUGGUGCCCGUCUUCAUCAUGAUCCUCGCCCACGUUCUUACGAUCAGAACCCUUCGUGAGCGCGCCCAGGUUAGGCUACACUCUUCAGAACAUCAAAGCCAACGCCCAAACAAUCGACUCCUGCAGGCUCGACGUCGCGUAAUUGAAAUGCUUUUUAUCGUUGUCGUCAUUUUCAUCAUCUGCUGGACACCCGAUCAGUUUGGAUUCCUCGCUUUCACCGUGGGUAUUAUCGAUUUCUCGCACUUCAACAGCCCCAUCUACCGUUCCUUUGUAGUCCUUGCUUUCGUCAACUCCUGUGCAAACCCUGUAAUCUAUGCAGCCAGGAACCCAAACUUUAGAAAGGCGCUCAAAGAACUCUGUGGGACCGUGCCGUCUCUCAGACUCCAGUCUGUGUUUGCAGCCAUUGAUGAGACUAGCAAUAUCUCUACUGAUACAAGUGCUACUAAACUAUCUUCUGUUGACAAAGUAAUCGUGUAAUUUUUCAUUCAUUUACUAUAAAAAUGUAUUUAAUUUCGGACAUAUUCACUAUUCUUUAUCUAUUUAGAUGUGGAUUAAAUAUGCAUUUAAUCCAACCAUAGUUUCAGUAAUGUAGAGUUUUAUAUGUUUCUCACAGGAAGUGUCAAACCGGGCUUUAUUUUCCUUGGGCCAAAUUCAAAUAUUUGGAAACUUUUAGAAAAAAAAUUAGUGAAUGGUGAGAGUGUCAAAUUAUCGCCCCAUGCAAUGUGUCUACUGUACACGUAAUAAUUUACAGCCUCUUUCGAAAGAGAAUUAAUGAUACUUGUA